CAUAUGUGCUACGGUUUCAUUUAAAAUGACAAAGUUUCGUUCUCGCUGUAAAAUCAACGGAUCAACAGUCAACAUUUGUGCCUCACAGCGAUCACAGCUACUAAAACCAUCUACGCUCUAGUAUAUCAUCAAUUAAUUAUAUACACUUUAUACAUAUACACACACAAUAUAAAUAGGGAAAAUGUCAUUAAUAUUGCGCUUUGAGCAACUGCUGCUCUUUUCUUUGUGUCUGACUCUGGUGCCAUUCGAGAGCAAUGCGGAUUUAUCGCUCAUCUUUGGAAAUAUGACUUUAUUCAAUGUGAACUUUAAAUCACCGGCUUGGCUGGGUCGAUCCAUACCCGUGAGCAACAAUGUUCGCAUUGACAGCGAUGUGGAUCCCAACAUACUGGAGGAUUCGCACCUAAAUACGUAUGGCCUCAUUAAGAAGUAUGGUUACCCUGCAGAGAACUACACUGUGGUCACCGAUGAUGGCUAUAAGCUAACACUACAUCGCAUUGCCAGACCUGGAGCAACACCUGUGCUCCUUGUGCAUGGUUUGCUGGACAGUUCAGCCACCUGGGUGAUGAUGGGACCAGGCAAAGCUUUGGGCUAUCUGCUUUACGAGCAGGGUUACGAUGUGUGGAUGGCAAAUGUGCGUGGAAAUACGUAUUCUAGGGGCCACAUUAAGUAUACGCACAAUCAUGCCAAGUACUGGGACUUUACAUUUCACGAGAUGGGAGUCCACGAUAUACCCAGUUCCAUUGAUUUUAUACUCAAUAAGACGGGAUUUCCACAACUCCACUAUGUAGGACACUCUCAGGGCACCGUUGUCUUCUGGAUCAUGGGCAGUGAGCGACCUGAGUACAUGAAGAAGAUCAUCUACAUGCAGGCUUUGGCUCCGGUCGCGUAUCUGCAGCAUUGCAAGAGUCCGGUGGUCAAUUUCCUGGCCGAGGUUCACUCUUCGUUUAUACUGAAGUUGAUUGGCGUCCAUGAGUUUCUGCCGCAGAACGAGUUCAUUGUGAUGUUCAAUCAACUGAUUUGCGAUGAAACUACGAUCACCAAGGAGAUCUGUUCGAAUGUCAUCUUCCUGACGACUGGCUUUGACAAAUCACAGCUGAAUGAGACCAUGUUGCCAGUUGUUGUGGGGCAUGCCCCAGCUGGCGCCUCCACCAAGCAGAUGCAGCACUUUGGUCAACUGCGUCGAUCUGGCGCCUUCCGACAAUUCGAUUAUGGCUGGCUGAGGAAUCAUUGGCGUUACAAUAGCAUCACUCCGCCCGAAUAUAAACUAGAGAAUGUCCAGGCCAAGGUCGCCUUGUAUUAUGGCGAAAAUGAUUGGUUGGCACAGCCCAGCGAUGUGGAGGCCUUGAGUCUUCAUUUGCCCAAUGUGGUGUCUCAGCAUCUGGUCAACUAUCCCAAAUUCAAUCAUCUCGAUUUCAUUUGGGGCGUCGAUGCUCGUGAAUUGCUCUGGGAUCGCAUGCUCAGGAAUAUGAAAUCUAUCGACAGGGAACAAUUAGGGGAUAAUCUAACAGCUUAAGAUAGCGAAUUAAGCUAAGAACUUACAGUAUGAACAUAUUUUGUAUAUAAGAAAUCCUUAUUUAUUGAUUGUGCGCAUCGUAGAUUAAUAAGUGUAAAUAAAAUGCAUGUGAUAGUUAAUAUACUUUAAAACAACAA